AUUAAUCUUUAAGUCAUGAAUUUAAUUGUCUUGUUUUCUUAUUUAGGUGAUGCUUGUUCUUAUGUGAUAGAAAGACACAGACGUUAUAACAGUCAUCGACAUCUCCUCAGUCUGUGUCAGGAAGCACAUGGUAUGGGUGUAAAACACUGGCGUUUAUGCAAUAGCAUCUCUAACAUUACUUCAGCGUAUAUGAUCUCAAAAAUUCGAAGUGAAAUCGCAGGAUUUGCUAGAGGAGAAGAAUACAUUAUCAACAAAAUUGCAUUAGCAGGAACUACACAAACUAAAUGUCAGAUGGUGCGAAAAGCUGGAAACAGAUUUCAGAAAAUGGAAACAAGUUGCAACGAAUUUCACAAGGCCCUUUGCGAGCAUAAUACAGAAGAUUCAAAUAUGGUGACGACCAUACAAUAUGGUCAAGAAAAGAAGGCGUCACGAACCAUCUUUAUACCACAUCCCAUUGAUUCUGAGAGCAAACCUAUGACGGACGAAAAAGAAGAAACAGGAGUAUCUGAGGAGAUAAUUUGGACGAUUGUCUCGGUAACUGUGGCCUUAUUGUCGCUGUCCCUAUGUAUAGGGGGACUCAUUUACUGCAGGAGAAAUAAGAUCAAGCUGAACAGUGUUUAUGACACUGUAUUCAGGCGUCCACGGGGUGGAAAUCAUUACACUCUCAGAGUUCCAAACGAUCCAUCCUCACCUGUAUCUGAGCCAACCAAUCAUCGUCUUCCUCCGGCAGCGCCACCUAUCAGAAACCCCACAGCAGCUGCACCCAUUAUCAGAAAUCCCACAGCUCCACCAAGAGUCGACAGUGUCCAGACACUGGCGUCAUCUACUGCAUCAUCAGCAGAUACAACUUCGUCGUACGUAGAUGAUGUUCGUUAUUACAGGAAUUUUUCAUAUGAGACUCAACCAAGUGUAGCCCCGUCACAGGCUCCUAGGAUUGAAAUUCAACCAAGUACACCAGCUGCUUCAACAUCCGGUUCAACAUCUGGACGACUUUACUGUUCAUCUUGCAGAAGACACAGAAAAAGGCGGGAUUUUCUACGAACGUCCUCAAACUGCACGAGUUGUUCCUCAGUGCACUCUGCAUACACACAACCUUCAUCAAGGUUAGCAGAGAGAAAUAUUUCACUUGAUACAAAUGAUACGGCGUCCGUAAGAUCACAAAGAUCAUCAACGGAUACAAAUGAAACAAACUCUAUGAGGUCGCAUCGAUCACAUCGUUUUCGAAAACUUAGUCAUCGCGGGUUGUCAAAGAAAUCUAAUAACAAGUCGGUCGCAACUGAUAUACAGACUGGUCAGACAGAAUCUCCGGAUAUUUCUACUCAGUGUCAGCUGGAAAUCAGAGGAUCCAACCCAGUCCUCAGAAAACAUAAAUUAGUGGAUCGUAUACAAUCGUCAAGUGGUUUCCAGUUGGUUAAAAGGAUGUUUUCCAUUGAUUUGAAGUGAAAACAGUAGAGAAGAUACUGUUGUGUGUACUUUUUAGACUUAAGUGUUAUUGUACAAGAGUAAUUUAACUUAAAAGGAAUUUCUUUCUUUGUUUAACAUGGGAGAAUGGUAGCAGAGAAAAUACAUAGCCCGCGUUUAAGCUGGUUUAGUAAUAUUUCUUCUGCAAUUU